AUGUCGGCCGUUGAGCUUAUCAACCCGCGCGCAGAGUCUGUGCGUAGGUUGCAAGCACUGCAGGUGAAUAUUGCUGGUGCGGUCGGCCUUGCACAGGUUGUGCGCUCCAAUCUAGGACCGCGUGGCACACUAAAAAUGCUUGUUGAUGGAUCUGGUAAUCUCAAGAUGACAAAGGACGGCAAAGUCCUUCUAACGGAGAUGCAGAUCCAAAAUCCUACCGCGGCCAUGAUUGCAAGGACAGCUGUAGCUCAGGAUGAGCAGUGUGGUGAUGGCACGACAAGUGUGGUCUUGCUUGUUGGCGAGCUUCUUAAGCAGGCGGAACGCUACAUUCAGGAAGGCGUGCAUUCGCGCGUGAUUUCUGAAGGCUUCGAUGUCGCAAAAGGUGGUGCCUUGCAGUUCCUAGAGACAUACAAGCAGUCGUCACAAGGUGACCGUGCAACGCUCGUCUCUGUUGCAAAUACGGCUCUGGCCACGAAACUGCCUGCCAAGCUUGCGAAGCAGCUUGCUGAAAGUGUGGUCGAUGCCGUAUUGGCCAUUAGACCUCGCACGAAUAGCACUGCAGAAGUGCCAAAGCCAAAGGCUGAUGGCAGUUCGGAACGGAUCGACGAAUGGAAGACACAAGACCCCAUUGACUUGCACAUGGUUGAGAUCAUGAAAAUGCAACACAAGAGUGCUACUGACUCGCAGCUCGUCCGUGGUCUUGUCAUGGACCAUGGAGCGCGUCAUCCGGACAUGCCAAAGCGCGUGCGUAAUGCCUAUGUGCUCACACUCAAUGUGAGCUUGGAGUAUGAAAAAACGGAGAUCAACUCGGGCUUCUUUUACUCGUCUGCAGAGCAGCGUGAAAAGCUCGUGGAGUCAGAACGUCGCUUCGUUGAUGCCAAGCUCAAAAAAAUUGUAGAGCUCAAGAACCAAGUGUGUGACGCACCGGCCAGCACACCCGAGUCUGAGCGCAAAUCUUUCGUCAUCUUCAAUCAGAAGGGUAUUGAUCCCAUGUCGCUGGACAUUCUAGCGAAGAAUGGCAUCUUUGCUUUGCGUCGCGCCAAGCGUCGGAACAUGGAACGCCUGCAGCUGUGCUGUGGUGGCGUUGCCCAAAAUAGUGUGGAUGACUUAUCGCCUGAUAUUCUCGGCUGGGCUGGUCUUGUGUACGAGCAAACGCUCGGUGAGGAAAAAUACACGUUUGUCGAGGAUGUUAAAGAUCCAAAGAGUGUAACGCUGCUAAUCAAAGGCCCUAACACGCACACACUCAAUCAGAUCCAGGAUGCAAUGCGUGAUGGACUACGCAGUGUGAAAAAUGCCAUUGAAGACGGCGCUCUUGUGCCAGGAGCAGGUGCAUUCGAAGUAGCCGCGGCUGCUCACCUCCUCGACCACGUGCGUCGCAAUGCUAAAGGCGCGCGCCAAACUGGGCGUGGAGGCUUUUGCCCAGGCGCUGAUGGUAAUCCCUAA